GGUAUUGAUCUUCAUAGAGCGGUAUUCGAUAUUCCUCAUUAUUAUCAAACAAUAACCAGCAAUACCGAUCAAAUAACUAACAAAAACCGAGUAAUGUAGAGCUACGUCCGGUUUAGAGGACGUAAUAAAGUUCCCCGCAUACCUUCUCCAAUUUCUCCCCAUCUCAAACUCCGAUCGUCAUUCCCUACACUUCCCACACUACCAAAUGGAAACCGACAGCGCUAUACUCCACGACUUCUCCCCACUAUUCCGUCAAUACAAGUCCGGCCGCGUCGAGCGCUUCUCCGGCACCACCACCGUUUUCCCUUCCCCCCUUGAUCCCACCACCGGCGUCUCCUCCAAACUCGCCGUUAUCGACCCUUUCACCCCUGUCUCCGCCUGCUUAUACCUCCCGCCCAAUCCACCAUCGAACUCCAAACUCCCCGUCCUCCUCUACUUCCACGGAGGCGCCUUCUGCAUCGAGUCCGCCUUUUCCCAAACCUACCACCCCCACCUCACCUCCCUCGCAUCCCGCGCCCUUCUCCUCAUCGUCUCCGUCGACUACCGCCUCGCUCCCGAACAUCCCCUCCCAGCCGCCUACGAUGACUGCUGGUCCGCCGUCAAAUGGGUUUUCUCUCGGGCCGAUCCGUGUUUGGCCCGAUUCGGGGAUCUCCGCCAAGUGUUCCUGGCGGGGGACAGCGCCGGAGCUAACAUCGCGCAUCGGAUGGCGGUGAGGGCGGGAUUGGAGGGGUUGGGGUUUGCGGGUAUUGCCUUAGUUCAUCCCUAUUUCUGGGGGUCAGAGGCCGUGGGGAGUGAGGGGAGGGAAGAGAGUUGGAGGGCGUGGAUGGACGGGUUGUGGAGGGCGGUGAGCGGAGGGGGGAAGGGGAUGGAUGACGCGUGGAUAAAUCCGGCGGCGGAGGGGGAGGAAGCGGUGGCGAGGUUGGGAUGCAGGCGAGUGCUAGUCUGUGUAGCGGAGAGGGAUCCGAUGAGGGAGAGGGGAAGGGCGUAUUGGGAGAUGCUGAAAGGCAGUGGUUGGAGAGGAGAGGUGGAGAUUGUGGAGACGGAAGGUGAAGGACAUGUAUUUCAUCUGGAGAAGACGGAGGGUGAUGGAAAAGUUCGGGAGUUGAUGGAUGAUUUAGUCAGGUUUUUUACCAAGGAUCGCGAGAAAGGUUGGGAAGGUGAUCGAUUGCCCGAUGAUUGUGCGUGAUCAGUUCUUCUUUUUGCGAUUUGUAUAUCUUCAAGGGUUUGGAGAUCGAUUGGAGACUGCUCGAUUGAUUGAAGUUGAACCAUUAAAAUAGUUCGAACGUUGAAUACUGCUGAGGAGGCGCCUGUGGCUACAUGAAGAUUGCUCCUUUUAUAAGAAUUUUAUCAAUCAAAACUUACUUCCUCUAAUAAAAACAGCUUUUUUU